AUGGAGUUCUUCAAGACAAAUGAUGGCUGCAACAUUGCCUAUCAAGACGUUGGUUCCAAGUCGCUACCUGUAUUGAUUCUUUUACACGGUUUCACCGGCUCAUCUGAGGUCUUUCAACAAAACAUUCCCGCUCUGUCAAAGAGAUUCCGUGUGGUAGCACCUGAUUUGAGGGGCCAUGGUGCCUCUGAGAAGCCGCCGCAUGGAUUCCACGUCUUCCGUCUGGCAAUGGACUUGCACAACCUUCUCGGCCAUCUGAAGGUUUCUCAACCCGACACCGUGAAAUGCAUCGCUGGAAGUCUCGGCUGCUCAAUUCUGUGGUCGUAUGCAGAACUCUUCGGCACUGGCGUCUUCUCUCAUAUGAUCUGGAUUGACCAAGCACCGAUGCAAAAUUACGCGAGUGACGGGAGUUGGGGUAGUGCCGAAGGAAACCGCGGCAUGAAUUCUGCAGCUGCUGUCGCAAACCUCAAGGCGACACUCAAGUAUGAUCCCGACAGUGUGUACAAGGGUACUAUCGCUGGGUGUUUGGGUUACAGAAAUCAUCCUGUCGAGGGCGAAUCUAUCAGCGACGAGACCAGAACUGCCGACGAGGAGUUCUUCUUGGCUAUCGCAAGAAAGGGAAACCCUGAAUGGUAUGGCAACUUGAUGGCAGAUCACACUGCGCUUGAUUGGCGACAGAGUAUUGUGGAAACCUUUGGAAAGGCGGAGAGCAAAACCAAUGUGCUUGUCGUCGCCACAAACAGGAGUGGAUGCUUUCCGGCUGCUGGACCAAUGGCAGCAGUCUCUUUUGCCAAUUCCAAAGCAGAAAUCCCUCGAGCUAGAGGUGUUGUCAUUGAAUGGGGAGGCCAUUGGUGUUACUGGGAAGACUCGGUGAGAUUCAAUCAACUGGCGCUAGACUUUCUGCUAUAG